AAACGAUUGUGUGCCAUGUAUCACUCCACCCCUUGCUAUAGAGAAGCAAGUAGCCAUUUGUUUAUAUAAAUUGGCUUCCUGUGGAGAAUACCGAGUUAUUGGUGAUGUCUUUGGUGUGCACAAAAGCACUGUUCACAAAUAUUUUCACCUCGUCGUGAACGCGUUAAUUCAGCUAAAAACAGAGUUUAUCAAGUUUCCACAGGUGGGAGAUGCGUUAUUAAUUGCAAGUGAAUUUGAGAAAAAAUCGCAUAUACCAAACAUUAUUGGCGCUAUCGAUGGUAAUUUUAACCAACCUGAAGGCUUAUAUGCAUAUCCAUACAUAACUAAAACUCUGGAAAUUAAACAUUUUAGGAACCCACAUACCGAUCUUGCCACCAAGUCAAGGAUACCUAGAUUAUAUUAAUAGAAAGGGGUGGCCUUCCAUCGUAAUGCAAGGAGUGGUGGAUAGCAACUACAUGUUCACAGAUGUCAGCGUUAAGUUACCUGGAAGCACUCAUGACGCGACGGUUUUUAAGGAGUCGGGAUUGUUUAAAAACUCAUCGACAUUAAUUCCGAGGCAUACAAAAUUAAUAAAUGGUGUUGAAACGCCACUAUUUCUUAUUGGAGAUCCUGCGUAUCCACUUCUUCCCUGGUUAAUAAAACCAUACACCGGAAGUUUGAAUGCAGCCGAAGAAUCUUUUAAUUGCCACUUGAGUUCUGCCCGAAUAGUCGUCGAAAAUGCUUUUGGUCGACUUAAAGGUCGUUGGCGAUGCCUAACUAAAAGAAUUGAUGUGAAUCCUACUUUCGUUCCGCAAGUUGUCUUAGCUUGUGCUAUAUUACAUAAUUUUGUUGAACAACAGAAAGAAUCCUAUUUAGAAAUAGGGAACGAUGUCGCAAUUUGCCGCAAUGAGGAAAAGGGCCGAACAGCGCGCCCAUCGCUAUCCGCAACCAUGUCGCCUAUGCGACGCAAAUCAUCCGAUCAGGCUUUGCCCUUUGUAGCGUGCGAAGUCGCCAGAAGAAAGAUUGCGUGA